AUGUUGUUUUUUGAGGUGGGUUGGUGGGGGGGGGGGGGGGGGGGGGGGGUUUUUGGGUUUGGGGGGGGGGGGGUGGGGGGGGGGGGGGGGUUUGUGGGGUUUGUUGGGGUGGGGGGUUGUGGGGGGGGGGGUUUGUUGAUGGGUUUGGGUAGGGGGGGGGGGUUUGUGGGUUGGGUUAAGGGGUUUGGUGGUUUGUGUGGGGGGGGUGUUUGGGGUUUGGGGUGGGUGGAGGUGGGGUGGGGGGUAUUGGGGGGGUGGGUGUGUUGUUGUUGGUUUUUUGGGGGGGUGGGGGGGGGUUGGGUGGGGUGUGGUGUUGAUUGGGUUGUAGUUGGGGUGUGGGGGGGGGGUGGGGGGGUGGUGGUGUGGGUGGGGGGGUGUGGGGGGGGGGUGGGGGGAUGGGGGAUGGGGGUGAGUUUGGGUGUGGUUGGGGGGGGGGUGGGGGGUAGGGGGGGUGGUGUUGUUGGUGUGGUGGUGUUUGGUGGUGUGGUGUUGGUGGUGGGGGGGGUUUGGGUGGUGUGGUGUGUAGGGGGGGGGUUGUGGGGGUGUUGGAUUGGGGGGAAAGGAUAA